UGGAGGUUGUUUGGUGUGCAGGGGUGCUGCGGUGAAUGGGGAAUGCAAGUGAAGUGAAAGUGUUGUGCGAUCAAGACCAUUAUUUUUCAAUUUGCAUUGAAAAACAAAAGAAUAGCAGCAGUUUUAAUGUUUUUGUUGUCAUGUGUUAGAAGUUAAAGCAAAGCAGUAUCACACACCAGCACCCAAGUAAAUUCAACAUGAGGCUGAAUGUGGAUGGCCUUCUGGUCUAUUUUCCUUAUGACUACAUCUACCCAGAACAGUUCUCAUACAUGUUGGAGCUCAAGAAGGGUUUGGAUGCCAAGGGUCACCUUGUCCUGGAGAUGCCAUCUGGCACAGGGAAGACCAUCUCCCUGCUCUCCCUCAUCGUGUCCUACAUGCUGGAGAAACCACUGGACAUCACAAAGCUCAUCUACUGCUCUCGAACUGUGCCGGAAAUUGAAAAGGUGCUGGAGGAGCUGGCCAAGCUGAACCGCUUCAUCGAGAAACAGUCUGGCCAGAAGAGCAAGCUGGUCGGCUUGGCCAUCAGCUCGCGCAAGAAUCUGUGCAUUCACGAGGAGGUGAGCCAGGAACGCGAGGGCAAGGUGGUGGACAGCCGCUACGCGUUGACGGCUGGCUACGUGCGCGCGCGCGCCGCUGGCCGCCGCCGCCGCUGGUCCGGCGCCGGCGGCGACGAGGCGGACGAGGACGGCCGCGCGCCGCCGCCCACCUGCCAGUGGUUCGAGCAGCUGGAGCAGGACGGCCGCGAUGUCGCGCUGCCGGCCGGCAUCUACAGCCUGCAGGACCUCAAGCAGUACGGCCGCACGCGCGGGUGGUGCCCCUACUUCGUGGCGCGCCGCGCGAUCCAGCAGGCCAACAUCAUCGUGUACAGCUACCACUACCUGCUGGAUCCGAAGAUUGCCGAGGUGGUGUCCAAGGAGAUCGUGAAGUCAAGUGUCGUCGUGUUCGACGAAGCUCAUAACAUAGACAACGUGUGCAUCGACAGCAUGAGCGUCCACAUCAACAAGCGAAUGCUGGAGCGCUGCUCCAACAACAUCGGCUCUCUCGAGAAGAAGAUCGCCCAGAUCAAGGAGACGGACGCCAACCGACUGCAGGAGGAGUACCAGCGCAUGGUGGAGGGUCUGCGGGACGCCCAGAUGAAGCGGCAGACAGAUCAGCUCUUGGCCAACCCGGUGCUGCCCGACCAGGUGCUGGAGGAGGCCGUACCGGGGAACAUCAGGACCGCGGAGCACUUCAUCAACUUCAUGAAGCGCCUGGUGGAGUACCUGAAGAUGCGGCUGCGAGUGCAGCAUGUGGUCCAGGAGUCGCCGGCUGGCUUUCUCAAGGACAUCUUCAACAAAAUUUGCCUGGAUCGGAAGCCGCUGCGGUUCUGCGCGGAGCGGCUGACCUCGAUGAUCCGGACGCUGGAGCUGACGGACAUGGCCGACCUGUCGCCGCUCGUGCUCGUCUCGCACUUCGCCACGCUGGUCAGCACCUACACACGUGGCUUCACCAUCAUCGUUGAGCCGUCGGACGACAAGACGCCCAACGUCUACAACCCCAUCCUCUACUUUCGGUGCCUGGACUCGUCGCUGGCCAUCAAGCCGGUGUUCGACCGGUACCAGUCGGUGGUGAUCACGUCCGGCACGCUCUCGCCGCUCGACAUGUACCCCAAGAUCCUCGACUUCCACCCGGUCAUCGUCACCAGCUUCACCAUGACGCUGGCGCGGCCCUGCAUCCUGCCCAUGAUCGUGACAAAGGGCAACGAUCAGGUGGCGAUCUCUUCCAAGUUCGAAUCUCGCGAGGACCCUGCCGUGAUUCGCAACUACGGCAACCUGCUGGUGGACAUGGUGACCGUGGUGCCGGACGGCGUCGUCUGCUUCUUCACCUCCUACAUGUACAUGGAGAACGUGGUCUCCAGCUGGUACGACCAGGGCAUCAUCACGCAGCUGCAGAAGCACAAGCUGCUCUUCAUUGAGACGCAGGACGCGGCCGAGACCAGCCUGGCGCUGCUCAACUUCAUCAAGGCGUGCGAGAACGGCCGGGCCGUGCUGCUGUCGGUGGCGCGGGGCAAGGUCAGCGAGGGCGUCGACUUUGACCACCACCUCGGUCGCUGCGUGCUCAUGUUCGGCAUCCCCUACAUGUACACGCAGUCGCGCAUCCUCAAGGCGCGGCUCGAGUACCUACGCGACACGUUCCAGAUCCGCGAGAACGACUUCUUGACGUUCGACGCCAUCCGCCACGCCUCACAGUGUGUGGGCCGGGCGAUGCGAGGCAAGACCGACUACGGCAUCAUGGUCUUCGCCGACAAGCGCUUCCAGCGGUCGGACAAGCGGACCAAGUUGCCGCUCUGGAUCCAGGAGCACCUGAAGGACUCAAUGUGCAACCUCAGCACCGAGGAGGGCGUCCAGAUCUCCAAGCGGUGGCUGCGGCGCAUGGCGCAGCCGUUCAGCCGCGAGGACCAGCUGGGCAUCUCGCUGCUGACCCUGGAGCAGCUGCAGAGCCAGGAGAUGCAGGAGAAGAUGCGGGAGCGCGUCACACACCGCGUGUAGGCGCGGGCCGGCAGCGCACGCGGCCAGCCCUCGCGACCGCAGCGCACCGUGGCGCCGGGCAGCUGGCGAGCGGCGUGAGGGACGCCCACAGCCCGGCCCUACGGCUGAGAGCGCUGUGAUGGACGCGUUUCGACUCGGGACCCGGCAGGAGGGGGUCGGUAGCGAAGCACGUGGUCGGUACUUGCACGCUGCUUCAGGCGUUUCAGUUGGGAACGCGCAGUUUAUGCGGUGAUCAUUUGGCAAGGGCGUCGGCGGAU